AUGUUGUACUGCAUUGACAGCAUUCUGCUGCUCCAGUGACUUUCUGACAAAAAAAAUGCUGCGCUGUGCGCUUGUGUCUACUACGUCAGUACGCAGAGCAGCCGCAGUUGAAAACCCGGACGUAACCAACGCCUAGUUGCCGGAGAGAAACGAUGCAGACCAUAAAGUGUGUAGUGGUGGGGGAUGGUGCUGUGGGGAAGACAUGCCUUCUGAUCUCUUACACCACGAACAAGUUCCCGUCUGAAUAUGUUCCCACGGUGUUCGAUAACUAUGCGGUGACGGUGAUGAUCGGAGGGGAACCAUACACACUGGGACUCUUUGACACAGCAGGUCAGGAGGACUACGACAGACUGCGGCCCCUCAGCUACCCCCAGACUGACGUCUUCCUCGUCUGUUUCUCUGUGGUCUCCCCCUCCUCUUUUGAGAACGUCAGGGAAAAAUGGGUGCCAGAGAUCUCUCACCACUGCCCUCGCACGCCCUUCCUGCUGGUGGGAACUCAGAUGGACCUGCGGGACGACAGCAACACAGUGGAGAAGCUGGCCAAGAACAAGCAGCGGCCCAUAUCCCCCGAGAGCGGCGACAAGCUGGCACGAGAGCUCAGAGCCGUCAAAUACGUGGAGUGCUCCGCCCUUACACAGAGGGGGCUGAAAAACGUGUUUGACGAGGCCAUCUUGGCUGCCUUGGAGCCUCCCGAGACCAAACCCAAGAAGCGCUGCAUGCUGCUAUAAGGGACGAAGCUGGGAAAGGCUGACCAGAGGAACAGACCCAAACAGAGGGAGGGAGGGAGAGAGGGAGCGAUGGAAAGAGAGAGGGAGUGAUGGAGGGAGAGAGGGAGCGAUGGAAAGCCAAAUGGGGUGGGGUGUAUAAAACCUGGGCGGGCGGGGGGUGGGGGAGGGUGGUGGGUGCUUAACCGUGGGGGUGGGCAUUGAACAAAAUGUUUGCUGAAACUGGGAGAAGAGGCCGAGGAGAGGAGAGGAGAGUAGAUACUGUACUGUGCCUUCUUUGCAGUCUAUCCACCGCUAGCGGAAAAGAGGAAUGGAAAGAACAGCGAAGGGGGUAAACGACUGAUGAUCUUCUCAGACUGGCGCCGCUAACCAGUGGAUUUCUCCAUUCUCAAAAAUGUUCUCAUGGGGACUGUAAACAAAGAGGAAAAAAGAAAAACAAAACAAUACACGGCUUCCUUGUAAACUGUGUGUAAACCAUUAGCUUAAACGCUUAGAUAUUAAAGCACUGUGAAUAUUUAGUUCUCAGUAAAUCGUGUUGGGAUAAUAGUUUUGCGCAUUAGUCAGAUUUUUUAUUAAAGUCGUCCAGCAGAGUUUCCCUGAUCUAGAAUGAAUAGAAUCAUGUUGCUCAAUGAGGUUGUUGGCUUUUUAACGUUUGCCUGUAAUAACCCUAAGCUUUUUAUAGUAGUGCUUUAUACAGAGUUUACGAGCAAGCCAAAGCCAGAGGCGGGGUAUUCAUCACAGAGUUUGUAAACACUGUGUCCACUCAGCUGUGUAGUGGAGAUCAGUCCAGUGCUGAAGCCUUUCAUCCCACACUGUUCCACAGACGGCCAUUGAACCUUUUGGUGGACACGCGUGUCCAGUAAGGGUACUGCACACGCAAUGCACCCUCAGUGUUUUCCCCAUCAAAAUAGCAAGUUGUUUAGUCUGAGUGCUGCUGGAUGGUCACUGGGUUGUCAUUUCACUCAAGUCAUAUGUGGUGGGGAUGAAUCUGACCCCCAGCGUGUCAUACACGGCGCUACACAGCUGAGUCGUGUUUAUGAGGCUAUGAGAAUCCCUCGUUUUGUAGUGGACCAACCCUUGCAAACACAAAGUUGCCUAAAGACAAGAAGUCGAUUUCUUCUGCUGCCCCUGAAGACGAGGCGUGGGAAAGACCGUGUGAUGCUUAAGACCAGCCUGUCAAAGUCAUCCCCGCCAGCAGUGACCCCCUGCGGGAUGAUCUGGCCUGGACCCGCACCGAACCCGGCCAUGUUUCGCCACAGGCCAGGUUUCGGGCAUAGACCCAGGUCUGAUAACGUCCCAGGGGUGACUGCUCUCAGGGAUCUCUCAGGACCCUAAAGUGACCCAGACCCUAGAGGUCACUCAUGAGGUGAGGGGUCAAGUGUGUAUGUCCCACCCCCCCUGGUGCCAUCAGCAUAUCACAGGCCAAUUCAAGCCCAUUUAUCCUGUGUUGAAUGGUGUUUUGAUUUUAUUACUUUUUUUUUCCUCUUUGGUGGGCACUUUUUUUUUUCUUUUUCUUUUUUUUUAAAAAAAAAAGCGGUGGACCAGUUUUGAAACUUUAGUUUUUUUUUUUUAUGAAUUUUAUUUUUUAUUCUUUAGGUUUUCAUCUUGAUUUAUUAAUAAUAUAACAAUUUAAAAAAUAUAAUAUUUUGAAUAAUGUCGGCAAUUAAACCAACAAUCAUGGAAAAUUCUGAAAGUAAAUUUUGUGGGUUGUAAUCACAUUAUAUUUGUAAUAAAACUCCUUUAACUCAA